UGGAUGGAUCUAACUAGCAUGUUUGCGGGUGAAGCCUCGGGCGGUGCACACGGAGGGAAAUAAAACGGGAUUUUUAUUUAUUUAUUUAUUUUCCUUCUCACCUGCUGGUCAGUCACCUCCUCUGUGGCGACAUGUCAAACUCAAACAAAAGCAAGAAGGACAAAGAAAUCCUCGCAGAAUACGAGAGCCAAGUGAAAGAUGUGCGGGCCCAGUUGGUGGAGCAGCAGCGAUGUCUGGAGCAGCAGACAGAGAUGCGAGUCCAGCUGCUUCAGGACCUCCAGGACUUCUUCAGGAAGAAGGCCGAGAUAGAAACAGAAUAUUCCAGAAACCUGGAGAAGCUCGCCGAGAGGUUCAUGGCCAAAACACGCAGCACGAAAGACCAUCAGCAAUACAAAAAGGAUCAGAACCUGCUCUCUCCAGUGAACUGCUGGUACUUGCUGUUGAACCAGGUGAGGAGGGAGAGUAAGGACCACGCCACCCUCAGUGACCUCUACCUGAACAACGUCAUCACCCGCCUCACACACAUCAGCGAGGACUCUGCCCGCCUGCUAAAAAGAAGUAAGGAGAUCAUCUUCCAGCUUCAGGAAGACCUCAUGAAGCUUCUGAAUGAGCUUUACACCGUGAUGAAGACAUAUCACAUGUACCACGUGGAGACGAUCAACGCGGAAACCAAGCUGCGGGAGGCGGAGCGUCAGGAGGGCCGCGUGAAGGGCGUGUCGGGGACGGGCGGAGGGGUGGAGCCUGUGUUCGGCCUGCGGAUAGAAGAGCGCCACCAGAGACGCAACGCCGCCCGUAAAAUGGAGAAGAUGAGAGAGAAGAGGAAGGCAAAGUACUCAGAGAACAAACUGAAGACUCUUAAAGCCAGGAAUGAGUAUCUGUUGACUCUGGAGGCCACCAACGCCUCCGUGUUUAAAUACUACAUCCACGACCUGCCCGAUAUCAUAGACUGCUGUGACCUAGGGUACCACUCCAGUCUGAGCCGUGCUCUGAAGACCUACCUAUCAGCCGAACUGAGCCUUGAAGCCUCCAGGAGGGCGGGUCUGGAGGUGCUGGAGGGGGCCGUGGAGGGCCUGGACCCCGCCCGUGACAGGCAGCGUCUACUGGGCCUCUACCCCACUGCCUUCUGCCCCCCACAACGCUUCGGCUUCCAGGCCCACAUGGGCGACGCAGUGACCCAGAUUGGCUCCCAGCCGCAGGUCCAGGCUGAGCUCAGCCUCCGCCUCACACAGCUCCAGACCCGCUUGGCGUCUCUGAAGAUAGAGAACGAAGAGGUGAAGAAGACCUGGGGUGCGACUCUGACCACCCUGCAGGACAUGACAGUGUUGGACGACUUCGACGUCUCCCAGAGCUUCACCCACAGCCCAUCCUCUGAGUCGGUCAAGUCCAGCGUGUCGGACGGCUACUUAAACAAACCCAGCCUGGCCAAGAGACGGGCCAAUCAGCAGGAGACGGAGCUCUUCUACUUCACUAAAUUCCGCGAGUAUCUGGAGGGGAGUAAUCUCAUUUCCAAAUUACAGGCCAAACAUGACAUACUGAAGAAAGCUUUAGCAGAGGGAUAUAAAGCUGAACUGCUGACUACCAGUCGUGGGCGAAAGAACUCCCAUAGCAAGCAUCAGGAUUCAACCAAAGCCAUACCCUUGCUUGUGGAGAGCUGCAUCCGCUACAUCAACCUACAUGGUCUUCAGCAUCAAGGCAUCUUCCGGGUGUCAGGAUCUCAGGUGGAGGUCAACGACAUCAAGAACUCCUUCGAGAGAGGUAAUGAUCCACUGAUUGACGAGGAGAGCAACCAUGACAUCAACUCCGUGGCUGGAGUGCUGAAGCUCUACUUCAGGGGUUUGGAGAACCCGCUGUUUCCCAAGGAAAGGUUUAAUGACCUCAUCUCCUGCGUCCGAAUCGAGAACAUGUAUGAGAGAGCGCAGUGCAUCCGCAAGAUCCUGCUGGGUGUCCCGAGGGCGACGCUGGUGGUGAUGCGUUACCUGUUCGCCUUCCUCAACCACCUUUCCCAGUACAGCGAUGAGAACAUGAUGGAUGCUGGGAACCUGGCCAUUGUAUUCGGCCCCACUCUCCUGCCCACACCGGACACGCUGGACCAGGUGGCUUGUCAGGCGCACGUGAAUGAGGUCAUCAAAACGGUCAUCCUGAACCACGACAACAUCUUCCCAGACACUAAGGAGCUGCCGGGGCCGGUUUAUGAGAAGUGUAUGACUGGAGACCAGUACUGCGAGAGUCCGUUCAGCGAGCCGGGGGCGUUGGAGGAGGCCGAGCCCGACGGCGGCACCGAGACCCAGACCAGCGACGAGGGAGGAACAAAGCCGCAGAGACAGUUGAUUGACAAGUUCAGGUUCACCUCUAUUUCCACGUCUGGCUCUUAUCUACACCCCUCCACCUCCCCUUCUCUUUCUCUGGCAGAGAGUGAGGGUGUGGAGGCGGUGGCGAGGUUCGACUACGUGGGCCGGUCGGGCCGCGAGCUCUCCUUCAAGAAGGGAGCGUCCCUGCAGCUCUUCCAGCGAGCGUCACAUGACUGGUGGGAGGGGCGGCUCAACGGCAACCACGGCCUGGUGCCUCAUCAGUACAUCGUGGUGAAGGACAGGGGCGACGCCAUGUCAGAUACGCUCAGUCAGAAAGCGGACAGUGACGGUGGAAGCAGCAGCACCGACGACAAGAGGUCCAGGAGCGAACUGAGCUCCCCCACCGACAUCAGACCGCCAGAGACCUAUAACAGCCACAGGAGGAAGCGAACCGACGGUUUAUUCCGCCGCCCCCUCGGCCGCUCUGAAAGCCACUGCCACGGGAACGGAGGGGUGAUGGAGCGAAGCUCCCCACCGGUGACGGGCCACUUCAGUCCCAGGGAGCUGCUGCUGGGACGGGGUCAGGGUAUGACCCCACCCCUCGAUAGCCCGGAGCGCCGCCGCCGCUCUGCUGCCGCCGUGACCAUGACAGUGAGCCGACAUGAUUCGCUGCGGAGGCCGGAGGACACGCCCAUCCGACGCUCGAGCAGCGGGCAGCAUGGCUUCGGCUCCAGAGCGCUGGACCCCGACAUGCUAGCGCAGGACAUUGAGGAGACGGUGACUGUGGCUCUGGGGGAGUUGAGGCAGCUGGAGCGGCAGGGCUGCCGGCCGGCUCCUGACGUGGUGCUGGACACUCUGGAGCAGGUGAAGAACGGCCCUGUCACCACCUGCUCCUCCGAGUCUCCAAGCCCCCACAGCACCCCCAGCACUCCGGGCACACCGGGAACCCCCGGCACUCCCGGGACUCCCGGCACCCCGAGCCCCCUCAGUCCUCUAAGCCCCAUGAGCCCGCUCCCCGGACCUCCGCCCGGACCUCCCAGACCGGCCAACCCUUCCCCUGACACCCUGGGCUCCUUCAAACCUGUGGCAGCUGCCCGCAUCGGGACUCCGCUGCGGCCCCCCGCCCUCAGGCCUAAACCUAUUGUCCCACCCAAGAGCAGCACCCCGCCUCUGCCCCCGCCGCUGGACAAAUCCUGCACCAUGUGAGCCAAACUAGGCCGAUGAACGGCCAAAUCAGGCCUACCCAGGCCAAAAAUGGGCCUGAAGUGGAGAUCAGGGUACUGCUAAAUGUGUAUAAUCAACAUGAGGGUAGAAAGGGUAGGACAGACAAAAAGGGUUUUAAUGUAGUACUAAACUAUAAUAUAUGACAUGAACUAUGAUAUGAUAUGCCAUGAUAUUUAUGUGUUGUCAGGUUGGUGUGUACUCUCUUGGUGUGUAGGAGUUUACUUUCUCCAUGUAUUGAAGCAUUUAUCAAAGGUUAGCUAAAAGAACUGCUGAUAAAGAGACACAGGAACGAGCAUAGGCAGAGCAUCCUGUCCUGUAUAUGAGACCAUAGUCAAAGAGACUUGUGGAGUGUAGUUCAGCUCCAGUAAAAUGUAGUUUCAGUGACGUGAAUGUUGGCUGUAAUGUCAUGAAGAUAGGCCUGCGCUAGCUGAGGAGCCUAUCACCAAAAAGGCUGGUGUUUUCUUAAAAACUAUCCCGAUCGGCUGCUGUAUCUGUAACGAGAGACUCCGUGUGAAAAGGACGAGGACACGGCAGAGUGAAGGCGACAACGGUUCAACAACGUCUGUGUGACUUAUAAUUUAUUUUUUUAUUUUUCACUCGGUUCAGCUGCUAAGCUCACUUACACCUCAAACCACGAAACGCCUCUUGAGGUCGUCAGUGACACCAAACUCACAUUAUUUAACCAACUAUUUACUGAAUGUUUCCAGUAUUAUACGACUGUUCAGCCAUCUAUUGAAUGUUCAGUGAGCUGCUGCGGCGACUCGCUAAACUCUUUUAACAGCCUUCUUGUGUUCUCGGAGGGGAAACCUACGCCCAGACCGGAGCUUCAAACAGGGUGCGAUGGUUGAGUGGUGGAGGGAGCUUGGACAGAACUUUUUUCUAGGACGGGGGUGGGUGUAUGAUUUUGUUCUUGUUUGUGUAUGUGCGUGUGUGUGCAAGACGAGUGUGUGCCCUGCUUGCCUGCCCUUGUUCUGCUCCCUUGUAAGUGCAGAAGCACUAGAAUAGUGAUAGAUGAUAGAUAAUUCAUGCCUGCCUUGAGUGCCAGAACACGCAAGAGCAAGUUUGGGGAAAACGGUGCGAGUGCAAAAAAGCAUGCUACUUUCUGUGUGUGUGUGUGUGUGCGGGUGUGCGCGGGUGUGUCAGAAUAAUGGUUUACCUGCUUGUGAAGUCACUGAAGUCACUAGUUAACCUUAAAUUCACAAUAAGCUAACAGGGUGGGGCUCUUGUGUGUAAACGCCCAAAAAAACAACAACACUUGAACAGCACACUGAAUGUGGCCUCCAACAGGGCUGGUAACUGAUGUGAGUGAGUGUGGUGAUUAAAAUUAACGUGACGUGCUGAGAUGGGCUAUGGAUGCACAUCUUUGUGUGUGUGUGUGUGUGUGUGUGUAUGUGAAAGUGCCUUUUUUUAAAUCCUUGUCUUUUUUGGGGAGUUGUGAAUCCACUCACGCAUGUCCUGAACGAAGAGCAGCAGCACUCUGAAUGAAAUAAUCAUAAAAGUGUUUAGUAGAUUACUGAAUUAUGAAUUCAAGCAUUAACCCAUUGUGACAUUGCACUUUGAUGUAUAGGAUUGUGUACUUGGCAUGUAGCAUCAUAACAUGUUGGUGCAUUUUAACUCAAAGGGAGGUUUCUUUGAAUGUGUUUCAUAAUAAAGGAAAUGGUUUUUGUCUGUUAGUGUUGCUGUAUUUGAAAACUGAGCUUCCCUAAAGAUGAGCUCAUAUAGCCAAAUGGAUUGUAUCAAUGUGUUGUAUUUAUAUUAUAGAUAAAUCGGAAUAAAUUAGCAUUCAAGUCAUUAACUGAUCGAACCUUUCUUUUAAAUGAAAUGUCGCUAAAUGUUUUGUUGGAACACUCAAUAAACCUCCAGGUGUGUUCUGUAAAUCAUUGGUUUCCUAAAACUCUUUCUGUCUUUUGAAAGUUGAUUAAAAUUCAUGCCGCCCCCA